AACACCUUAAGUUUUCUCCCUUAAGUGUGACCCUUAAGGGCCCAUUUUCCCUUAGCUAAGGGAUCUACUUAAGGGGGUUGCACAGAAUGCCUUAAGUCCUUCCCUUAGGUAAGGGAAAGCCCUAAGGGAUUUACUACAGUAAAGAGGAGUUUACAACGGUAGAAUUCUAUUGUUUCUAAGGAAACAUUUUCUCAAAACAUUAGACCGUUUCGUAGGCAGCACUAGUUAGGCUAUUUUAGAAAAGUAAUAAUAAUUAAUAAUGGAUAACGGAAAGGUUAGAAAGCCAAAUUGGUCGGAGGAUGAGAAGGUUAUUUUAUUGGAAGAGUACAACAAAAGAAAACACGUCAUCAAGAGUAGAUUUAAUCCGCAAAUUACGGCAACCAAAAAAUUACAAAAUUGGGAGGAAAUUACAGCGCUAAUAAAUUCAAGAAGUUUGGUGAAGAGGACAGUGGGGGAGGUGCAGAAAAAAUACGAGAACCUUGCGGUCCAGGCGAGGAAGGAGAUGUCAGCCCAUCGGAAGGAGACGAUGAAAACGGGUGGAGGAGGUCCAGCAAAGCCACUUUCGGAUGAGGCUGAGAUGGUUAUGGAGAUCAUAGGGCGUGAAUCCCCAUCCGUCAAGGGUGGAAUAACUGGUGGGGGUGAGAGCGGUCAAGUGGAGAGUGAAGUCCUUGAAGUGGCAGAUGACGCGCCUCACCCAUCUCGUCUCUCCCCUGUGAAGAAGAGGAUGAGACCAGCAGCAGCAGCAGCAGCGAACCCAAAGCCUGGAGAGGAUCUGCUGGCACUGCAGAGAGAAGUCCUGCUUCUGCAGAAGGAGAAGUUACAGCUAGAAAUACAGAAUUUGGAAAAGCAAGGCAUUUUACUGCAGCACAAGCUGAACAGACUGGCACCAGAAGAAAUCACCAUUGUGGUCACUCCAGUUGAGGAAUAAAUUUAAAUUAAAAUUGACCUUGCAUUGAUAUUUCAUUUUUUUAAAAACAUAAUUAAUAGUAGACAAUGAUAAGUUGUUGAAAACACUAUUUUAUUACUAUUUUAUUACUACUACUAGUAGCCUAGUGAUGUAGGCUAGACUACCUGAAAAAAUUGUUAACUAUCGUGUCUCUUGCAACACUGCCAUUCUCCACAUUCCCCUCCUCUCCAUCCUCCUCGACGUCUUAAUCCUCCUCUUCCACCUCUCUGUCAAAGUCCGGGAAGUCCUUUGAGAUGUUGAAUAAUACCACGCACGCAAGGAUGAAAAAACAUGUUACUCCAGCACAAGCUGAACAAGCUGUCUGAGGAAAUUACUAUUGUUGUUGAACCAAUUGAAGAGUGAAAUUGAAAUUAAAAUAUUCUUGCAUUGAA